AAAGUUAACCGGAGAUUAUUACUAUUACCAACAGCUUAAAAGACCGGAGUAAAUCAACAAACGUACUCCUCUCUGCACCGAAUCCAAUCCCAAACUGCUGGCGCAAGUAAUUGGUUCAGUCGGCAACAGAACUGGAAAAAAUGGCCUUUUUAAACUUUCUUAUAGAGACAGGAGAGAGAAGAAGCCUUUAAAGCCUUGUUUCUUACAUUCUUUUUUCUUCUGCUUUCCUUUGCUUUCUCCCAAAACAAUCAAUCAUCUUCUCCAUUGUCCAGAUCCAAAUUACAGUAUUACUAUCAUCGUUGAAGAGGUUUGAAAAGAUGGAGUCUUCGUCUGAGUUUGACUACUUGUUUAAGUUGUUAUUGAUAGGGGAUUCGGGUGUGGGAAAGAGUACUCUCCUCUUGAGUUUCACUUCCGAUACUUUUGAGGAACUCAAUCCUACCAUCGGUGUGGAUUUUAAGGUGAAGCACGCAACUCUUGGAGGGAAAAAGCUGAAGCUGGCCAUUUGGGACACAGCCGGACAGGAAAGGUUUAGAACGCUAACUAGUUCAUAUUACCGAGGAGCUCAAGGGAUAAUUAUGGUGUACGAUGUAACACGGCGAGACACAUUUGUAAAUCUAUCUGACAUAUGGGCUAAAGAAAUUGAUCUGUACUCAACAAAUCAGGACUGCGUCAAGAUGCUUGUUGGCAACAAAGUUGACAAGGAAAGUGAAAGAGUUGUCAGCAAAAAAGAGGGCAUUGACUUUGCUCGGGAAUAUGGAUGUCUUUUUAUUGAGUGUAGUGCAAAAACGCGAGUCAAUGUGGAACAAUGCUUUGAGGAGCUUGUCUUAAAGAUAUUGGAGACACCAAGCCUCUUGGCUGAGGGGUCAUCUGGAGUGAAAAAGAACAUCUUCAAACAGAAUCCUCCUCAAAAUGGUGCUUCAACCGGUAGUUGUUGUUCAUGGUGAUCUAUCAUUAAAGUUUUGCAACUCUCUUCAGGUUGCAGCUUGUUUCCUUUACAUUACUGCAUUUACACCUGUUUAUUCUAGCUUGUUCAUGGUCGGUCAGUCAUUAACCAUGAAAUGUACAUUAAUCCUGAAUUUCUAGUAUUGAUGUGAUUAUGUUACUAUUAAAAAUCAUAAAGAAAAUAAAAUAGGUGGUAUUUACUGCCUUGCAAAAGGUUCCCUUUGCUUAACAGUGAGAUGCGGUUUUACUGUUGGGUAUUGUUUCUGUUUACAUGCUUUAUUAACCAUGAUCAGUAUGGGAGAUAUAUAGGUGGUAUGUCUUUAAGCCUUAAGGGCCAUGGUU